AUCUGUUGUCACCCCCUCGCUGCAAAGCCAAUAUCGCAGCCGUUUUUUUUUUCAGCGCCCGCGCUCGUCCACCCGAGCUCCCGCGCUCCCACUCCGCACUCUUCCCCCAGGCGGCGGCGACCGCGCCACCGUCCCCCUCCGCCGGAGCUCGCCGACGCCCUCCUCCCUCCUCCCCGUCCCCAUCUCUCCCUCUGUCGGCGCGCCUAUCCCUACCGCCUCGCACAGCCGCCCGCCGCCGCACCACCCCCACCAGCCGUCACUCCGCGGUUCGCAGCCCGCCUCCCGAACCCCAUCUCUCCCCGCCACGCCUCCCCCGUCCGCCACCCCCGUCCGCCAUCUCUGCCCUGUCGCCUCCCCAGACAGUUGCAGAACCCUCCCGAGGAUGGGAUUUCUGAUUAUAUAGAGAUAAAAAAGAAGUAGAGGCUGAGAAAUAUGGCAAUUGCUGGAGUUGGGGGCUUUUUUGGGGCUCAAAAAGUAGGGUAGCACUACUAGGCCUUUAAGGCCUCCUGCUGGAGAUGCUCUUACUUUCUUGCUGCCUCCAAGUGGCGUGUCCCCAUUCUUUUGUUGGACUUCAGCCACUGACAUAAGCAGGAGAGGGGGGGGGGGGGGGGGGCAGUUGCCGUUCCUACGGCGCGAGGAAUGGCGUGACACGUGGGGGACACGCGGUGGAGCAAGUGGAAGCGUCGACGACUCUGCUUAUCCAGGCUUUAAUAUUUUCCUGGCUCCGGUACUGGACGUGAAGGAUGUUUGUUCUGAGCCAGAUCGAGCACAACCUGCCCAUGCCUCCGCACUUGCUGAAUCGCCCUCUCGUUGACGCCAUCAAGGCCGAGCUUGAGAGGCUCUUCCUGGAUAAGGUGGUUGCAAAUCUCGGUCUCUGCGUGUCCGUCUAUGACAUCCUUGCCGUUGAAGGUGGAUUCAUCUUUCCUGGAGAGGGCUGCUCGACGUAUAAAGUUUCCUUUAGGUUAUUGAUGUUUAGGCCCUUUAUUGGGGAGGUUCUUGUUGGGAAGAUCAGCGGAUAUGAUGAGAAGGGAUUGCAAGUUUCACUUGAUUUUUUCACCGAUAUAUGCAUCCCGGGACACUUGAUGCAGUUUGGCACAGUGAGGGGGGAAGAUGGUAGGUGGGCGUUGAAGACUGAAGAUGGUGAUGAACUUCAUCUUGACAUUGAUGAUGAGAUACGAUUCUUGGCAUCUAGCAUAAAAUACCCACCUAUACCAGUUGAGCAAAAGGAGGAUGACAAGCCAUUUGCUCCAAUGCAGAUCAAUGGGAGUAUUAAAGGAGAUGGUCUUGGCCUUCUUGCUUGGUGGGCGGCAGUAGAGGGCGAGGAAGAGGAACAGGGUGAGGGAGAUGGUGAGGGUGAGGAAGAGCAAGAGCAAUAGCAGCAAAGUUGUUUCUGGUAACUCUCUGUGUAACUAGAAGUUUAGACCAUAAGCUAGGUGGCAUGCUAGAAACUUGUAAUGGCUGUUAGGAAUUGAUGAUCUGCUGCUGCACAGUUUGUGGUAACACUGGCAAGCAAGCAAGCAAAGAAGAAGAAUGGCCAGAUUUGAAGUGGAAAACAUAGGGCACUGUGAGACAUCUCAUCCUAGUUGAACUUGCAACGAUCGAUGGCUAUUUCCCAGUUGAUAA